AGUGCAAGGAACUUGAAACUAGUCAAUCGAGAUAAUAGUUCGCAGACUCUUCUCAGAAUGAAAGAUUUCCAAACGCUUACGUUCCAAAAUAUCGACAACGUUUUUCGCGGUUCAAGAUCGGUUUCACGGGAAGAACAAUUGGCAUUUUUCAGCGAAGGUGAGCAAGAUCUGACAUCUUGCUCAUCUUCUCUUGAAGUGAAAGACGACGGAAUUUUGCAUCAGUACGUGCUAGUGAAAGUUCUGGACUGGGAUAAGGCAGCUCCUUUAAGCCCGUCAAUAAUCCAACCGCAGUUUAUUAUUGAGGCUAAAAAUGGAGAAAAAUAUGGAGCUUUCGGAAAACUUCACCUGAAUAAAGUGGAGCCUGCUGAUACCAGCAAUCUGCGUCAGUUGAAGGUGAUUUUGAAGAAUCUUGCAAAAACUCAAGCCAAAUAUUGCUCAGUCAACGAAGUUGACAAUACUCACAUUGAGUAUAUUCUGGAAAAUGUUGCCAAACAAGUUACAUCAUUGAGUCAUUUCCAAGACAUUAACCAAACCGAAAUUGACACUGCCCUAGAAAAUCUUCAAAGAACCGCCGAUAAGUUAGCCAAGACAUUGAACUUGGUUGUACAAAGCCAAUGGUUCUCGAACAAUAUUUACAUCAGCUCGGAUAACAGCAAUGUUGUGUUUCUUCAAACCAGCUCCGGACAGUUACUUUCUCCAGCUUACGAUGCUGUGUUCCUGAUAUUUUCAUUGAGCAAUGAAAAAUUUAGGCAGGACCACUUUGAAGAUUUGAUGGAUUACUAUUUCCAGUCACUAGCGCAAGCUCUAAGAUGUGAAAGCUCCGAACUCGCAGAUAAAAUAACUGAAGAAUACAUUGAAUCACAGAUCAACGUUCUUCUGCCAAUUGUAAAACUGGCUUUGAUUAGCAAUAUUGUGCACGAUGAGAAUUCGGAACGAUUUAAGGAACUUGCCACCAAUUUAAAAAGGUAUUUGAAAUUUUAUCAUUUACACCAAGAGGAUAUUUACCAUGCCAUUAAGGUGAAACUAUCAAGCACUGACUACGACUUGCUAAACUAUUCCCUUGAACGGUUGGGUGAAAGUAAUGGCCAUUUAGGAGACUAUUUCAAUGUGAAAGUUGCGGUUCAAUUCCAAAAUAGAGAAGAAAAUUUCCAGCUGUUUGCAAAGAUUAUAUUUGCCGAGAGUGAAGCUCUGAGUGAAAUUAUCGAUUCUGGUAUAGCAGAAAAGGAAACUUUCUUCUAUAGAACACUUCAUGACUUAAGCAAACUACAUGGACUUCACGAGAUAAUGGAUUUCGCUCCUAAAUGUUACAUGUGUGGGUUUAGAGGCUUAAUUCUCGACGAUCUAAGCAGUAUGGGGUACAGAGCGUUAGCACCAAAUGCCCUUAUAAACUUCGAGGAAUUUCAAACUGUUUUAGAUCAGCUUGCUAAAUUUCACGCAACCAGUGUCAUCCUAGAAGAGCGACUGUCCGAAAAAGCGGGCCACAGUGUAAGAUUUGAUUGCCAAUAUCCGCAAAUGUUCAACGAAAACAUUAUCAUGCAGACUGGAUCAAUGGGUGAAUGGAUGAAUAACAGAUUCAAGUCAAUUUUUGUGCUGCUCGAAAAAAUGUCUGAAUUUAAAAAAGACCUUGGUUUCACAGACAAAGAAAUUGAAGAGAGGCUUCAAAAUAUUAGAACUCGCUUAUUCAAAGACCUUCAAUCUUCAACAUCUUUACGGAAUUUUAUCAACCAUGGAGAUAUGUACGUGAGCAACAUGCUGUUCAAAAUGGGCGGGGACAGCUCAAUAUUAGAUGGAAAACUCAUUGACUUCCAAAUGCUCAGGUACCUCCCUCCUGCUCUCGAGGUGCAAUUUUUCAUUACAGUAGCUGCGAGCAAAGAAACCAGAUACAAAUACGAGAAAGUGCUACAGUACACAUACUACGAAAGCUUGUCUAAGUAUUUGAAGAAAUUCCAGUUAGAUCCGGAAGCAAUUUACUCGAGAAAACACUACGAGGAAGACUUACGAAAUACGAAAGCUUCCGCGUUAUUAGUGGGGUACUUUUACGCGUGUUUCGUUUCAAUUGAUCCCGAUUUUAAAAAGGAAAUUAUGCACGAUAUUGAAAAGAUAAACUAUUAUUUAGUGAACCACCAUGAUAAAUAUUUUGACGUAGUCUUGCAAAAUGAAACGUAUAAGCAACAAAUUGCUGGCAUCCUCGAAAGUCUUGUAGAUUGCAUUAAAGGUGAUUCUUAAUAAGAGUGUUGCUAAUUAUCUUGUUAAGUAUUAACUAUAGUUUUUACGUAGGUAGUAUUAAGAUUUUGAUUUAAAUUAACUCACAGAAUCACAUCCAAAUUGAAUAGGUAAUAUUUAUUUAUUACUUACAUAGUUUAAAUGCAGGCUUAAAUGCUUUAGGUGUAAAUAAAUUGUUAACUGUU